AUGGCGGCAAUGGGAGCUAUUAGUAUUUUAUGGAUGUGGUUUCGUACUGCGACUCUUCACGAUAAGUUGGUUUGUGAUAUCAAAAAUUUGCUUACUGGAUAUACUAAACAAGAACUAAACACAGGAAUCACUUGGGAAUAUGAAAAUUUUAUUGAUAUUAACAACAGAACUUCUUAUUUGGUAAUUAAAUUGUUACCACUUGAUCUUGUAACCGCAGCAGCAUGUCGCGAUGUACCGGGAAGAAA